AUCAAAUCAAGCAGAUACAGUCUCUCCCUGACUGUCUUCUCUUGCUGUUUGUUGGGGUUUGUGGGGUGCUGUACAAAAACUAGACUGCUAAAAGUGGUUAUAGUCAAAAUUACAUUUUAAAGAUCAGAUUUGCUGCUAGAGACUUACAUGCAUUUGGGCAUGGUUGCUUUGUUUUGCAGAGGCUCAGGUCUGAGGCAUGCAGGUGGAGCUAGUCAGGUUUUGCACUUGGCAAAACUUGUACAGCUGAGGGGCAUUUUAGGUGUACCAAGGGGGCCUGGCCAUGCUUCUCCCACACCCCUGAGGAGAGCAGGUAGCACAGCCACCACAAGAGUGGCUCCGUGUUUCCAGAGGAUGUCAGCACCAAGGGGUUGAUGUGCUGGAUGUGCUCAGGCUCUUCCCAUUGCUCUGCAGCACAAAACAAACUACAGCACAGAGGAAGGUACAGCUCUAGAUGCUCUUCAUGGGGGAUUUUGUGAUCAGGAUGUCUUCUGUGAACUUAAUGGAAAAAAUGUGUAUAUUUAAUGAGCUUACAAAAAUCUAUAGCAUAUUAAGUUGCACUAAACUGAGAGAAGGGAUGACAGGAAUAGUUUAUAGCCUCAAAGUAUGGCUUUGCCUCUCUGAAAGGAGGCAGAAUAAGCAAGCCAAGAUGGCCAUCUUGUGUUUGGGCUUUAGUUUUGGGUAAGUUUUUUCAAUUAAUCUGGCCACAUAAGUGAAUUAUUUUUCCUCAGCUGUUAAACCUUUUGACUAGAAACCAGCUCAGACACACAUACAUGCCUUUGGUGACAGAAAGAGUUGGACUCUUGUUUCAGCAGAGGUUAGCGUGCUGUUCUGUAUGGGGAACUUAGCCAAAAUCCUGUCUUGGCAUCCAAAAGGAAUGGGACAUGUCUCCUAGGGGCUGCUGGCUGUUCCCUCUCUGCCUGCAAGGUGGCCAUCUCUGUGUUCAGCCUGUCCCUUCCACCUGUCCCCGGUGCAAAGGUGAUGCUCGUGAUCCUGACUCAGAUUCACGUGGGGUUUGGAGGAGCCUCGCUGGCACCAGAGCAUGCAGCCCAUCCCGUGCUGCCAGGGUUCUGCCCUGCACACCCUUCCAGUUCUGCUGAGGGCUGGAAAUCCCCAAGCUGGUGCCUGCACCAUCUCCUCUUUGCUUUGUUUGAGUUUCUGUUUGCGUUUACUUCACGGUUCCUUUUCCUCCGUUCCACUUUGCCGUGGUUUCGUUCCUUCCUGCGUACCCACCUUAUUCUUUUCAUUUGUCUUUUCUGUUCUUUUAGUUUCCACCCUUCAACCAAGCAUAUGCUCUCCCCCCUCUCAUCCGCAGUCUCCUCCUCCUGCCUCUAGUAACUGCGGUGCUCCUGCCUCUGGUGUUGUGCUCCCCCCUCUUCCUCAAGCCAGCGCUGUCUCUUCAGCACCCCUUGUCCCUGAGCCCACUGGUCAGUCCCCUUUCCUCUCCCAGCAGAGGGCCAGAGAGCCCUCGCAAUUCCUGCACAGGCACUCGGCCUCUGAGCUGCCAACAGCCCCGGGUUCCUCCCCGCCACCCUGCCCAAAUGGCAGGGCUGCCAUGCCAGGCAUCAGGCGAACCUCGCUGUCUCCACCGCCUCUCCAUCCUUCCCAUAUCCCCUUUCCCUCUCACCAGCCUCUCAGGGGCUCUUCUCUUUCCUGCUCUCCUCAGUCUUCUUCUCCCUCUGCCACAAAUGCACCAUCUCUGCAGAGGGGUGACAUCCUGCAGCCACGUGGUCCCACCAUCCUGCCCAUCAUUCCUGUCCCACCUGACAGGGUCAAGGCACCCACAGAUAAAGCAGGGUGGGACACCUCAGCAAAUGCACCCCCAGACGGCCAUCCCGAAGAGCAAAUUGCUUUAGGCUCCCCUGGAACCCAGGUGAAAAGUGUGGAUGGGUCCUUUUUCCCACACCUAGGAGCUGCCCCCUGCUCCCCGCUGCCCACCAUCGCCAGCCCCCCCAGCUCCUGUGGCCAGGCUCCCUCCCCGUCCUCCCAUUUGUCAUCUUGUCCUGCACAGCAGCGCUGUCAGCCCAUGUCACACUGUCUUCCAUUGCCUCCCCCUCACGCUGCUGUGUCUGAGGUGGCUAUGCCCAGGAGGACCCCUCCUUACAUGACAUCACCAGCCAUUGCCCACUCGAGUAAGUACUGCUUUUGAAUGAGUAAAGCCUGUGUAAAGCCUCAGCUGUCACCUGUUCAAAAAGCUUGGUUGGCACUGCCCCUGACCAAAAGAAAAAGGGCUGAGAGACCCAAAGCUGCUCCUGCUGUAUGUGAUUUCUGAAACUGGGGUGGAAAGAUACCAAAAUACUUCGGACUGGUCCAGGGACCAGGCAAAAAGUUAAGAAUUACAGAACCAGAACCCUGUAGCUGGGGUGUUGCAAUACAUAUUCCUACUGUAUUGUCCUAGACUUAGAUUUUUGUCAUUUAGCGGAGUCAAAUUGUUUCAAAGACCUUCAUAUAGAACCUAUUUUCAGCUGGUCCAAAUGUAGUGGAUGGGCUCUUCUGAAGAAGAAGGUUUCUUAUCUGUGUAGGAAUAUUGGUAGAGGUUGUGAUUUUUACUCUUUUUGUUAAGUGGUAUUUGUGCUACCAGGGAAACAUAGAACAUGGAUUUUGUUUAAGAUGCCCAGAAUCCCCUGUGGUUGUGCAAUUUAUUUAAUUCAAGAAACUCUCGUCCUGGUAUUUGCUGCAUUUAUA